AUGGAAAUGCAUCGGAAGGUUGCUCUAAAUACUAUUUUGCUAACAUCAAAUGGGACUCACGGAUUUCGGAAGACUACAACGAUUUAUGCAGUAAGACAUGGCGAACGUGAAGACAAUAUCAAUCGUUUAUGGCGUCAUGAACUUUACAAACUGUCACGUUUUGAAAAGGAUGAUUCACCACUUUCCGAACGUGGAGUUUUUCAAGCCGAGGAGUGCGCUUACCGAUUUUCGAAAACGCAUUUUGACCAUGUUUUUUCAUCUCCAUUUGAUCGUUGUAUGGAAACAACAGCAAGAAUCCUUGGUGGGAGAUGGACAAAAAUUAAAGUAGAACCUGGUUUAGCUGAGAUAUUAUGCAUGUGUAUGAAUCCUGCAGGAUUCCGUGACGUCGGUUCUUUAAGGAAGGACUAUGUAAACAUCGAUACCAGAUACGAACCUCGUUUAAUAUCUCUGUUGAAGGUAUAUCAGAGGGAAUCCCUAAAUUAUGCUGACGAGCAGGUACGUAAUGAUUCCGUCUGUUUGCCGCGUGUUAGGGAGACGUUACGCCAUAUUCUGAACAACUAUUCUGGCUGUAUCUUGAUUGUUAGUCAUGGAGCUGUUAUUGCUGCAAUUCAUAAAGUGUUAAUUGGGAGAUGGUGUUCAGUCGGCCAAGCGACGGUGUCAAAAUUUACUAGAAUUGAUUCAGGGUCGUUUGUUUGUGAAUAUAGCGGAGAUGCGUCUCAUCUUGCUGAUCAAACUAAUUUAAGGGCGUUUUGA